AUGGCGUCACUGAUACUCGGAGCUCUUCCAAUCCCCACUCAAACGCUCACUUUCAGCUCUCGCAUUUCGUUUUCUCAGUCUGAAACCCUAUCCAUUUCUCUCCCCUCCUCCACAGCUUCGCUCUCAGUCUCCACAGCUACCACUCCAUCAGCCCCUUCAGUGUACUGCGGUAGGGGCGAUAAGAAAACCGAAAGAGGAAAGCGUUUCAAUCACUCUUAUGGCAAUGCGAGGCCUCGGAACAAGAACAAAGGAAGAGGUCCACCUAGGGUUCCGGUGCCUGUGGCUCCCCCUAAGAAAGAUAAGUUUGAAGACGAUACAAUUGUCAAGGUUGAAAUUGAUGAGUCUCUGUCGUAG